AUGGUUGGUAGACCAUUGGUUUGGCAUUUCCCAGUUCAAUGCUUAUUUGCAAUAGUGGUAGUGAUGCUCUUUGUGGGUGAAGCCACAGCAUCAGAAGUUAAAUCAAAUAAAACAACACAUCAAGAAUCAAAUGUGAAUGGUUAUGCGAAAUGGCCUUUACCUGUGUUAUUGGUUCUCUUUUUUGUUUCUAUUAUUCUUGCUGCUAUGUUUUCUGGCCUUACUAUCGGUCUUUUUGGGUUAGACUUUAUUAUGCUUGAUAUCAUUUCUUCAGCCGGAAAAGAACCGGAUAAAACGUACGCAGGACAGAUUAUUCCUAUUAGACGAUAUGGACAUCAAUUAUUGGCAACAUUGCUUAUUGGUAACAUGUUAACACUGGUUGUUAUUUCGCAAAUGGUAGCUGCCAUGAUUCAAUCAACAGAAUUUAUUAAUUUUAUUGUAGCAACCGUAAUAGUGUUUAUUUUUGCAGAAAUCAUACCUAUGGGUAUUUGUAAUAAAGGGUCAUAUGCUCUUUAUAUUGGUGCAAAAAGUGCACCUGUUGUUUCAAUUGCUCUUUUUCUCCUUUACCCGGUAGCUAAGCCACUGGGAAUGUUUUUAGAAUGUAUCGUUACACAUGAUGAAGGACUUGUAUAUGAUCGAAAUGAAUUAAAAAAGUUUAUUCGUAUUCAUUGUGAGAAGUAUGCAGAUAAAUCUGGUCUUGAGCAUGAUGAGAUGCGUAUGAUGAUUGGAGCUCUUGAAAUGAAUGAAGCAAAACUUGAAAGUAUUCUUACACCUCUAGAUAGAGUGUUAAUGCUAUCAAAGGAUUUAUAUAUUACUCGAAGGUUGGUGGAACAAUUGUGGAUUUUCGGAAAAUCACGAGUUCCUAUAUAUGCUAAUGGGUGUCGUUCUCAUAUUGUUGGUUUAUUAUAUGUCCGUGAUCUUAUUAAAAUUACUUCAGAAGAAAUGGAAGAGGGUAUUACUGUUGAAAAAGUACUAACUGAAAAUCCGCAUGAUAUUGUUAUUGUUACUGAAAAAUUACCACUGGCUGAAUUAUUAAAAGUUUUUCAAUCCACAACCUCUCAUCUCGUAUUUGUAGAACGAGCUAUUUCAGCAGAAGCAUCGUUGAACAUAAAUGAAGCAACAUCAUCAACAGUAAAAACAACAACAACAACAACAACAACAUCGGCAGCAUUAUCAACAACAACAGUAGGGGAAUCUAAAAAUGCAGCUAUGAGGAUUACAGUUCUUACGCAAAACGUAGCCUUAGAGACUCCCUUGGCACAUGAACUUAUUGGUAUAGUAACAUUAGAAGAUGUUAUUGAACGUAUCAUAAAGGCAGAUAUCUAUGAUGAGUAUGAUCAAGACUCAAGGGUAGAAUUCAUGGAUGGAAGUCAAGAUAGUAGAGAAGGUUAUGGUCAACUAGUUACAAAUGAAAUGAAGGAGUUUAGAAAUAAUACUUUAAAUGGUUUAGACAAUUUACCUAGGGUAGUACCACGGGUUAAUUUCUAUUCAUAUGCAGUAGAAGAAAAAAAUACUACUACUGUAAAGAAUGAUGGAAAUAUCAAGAAAAGCAAUAAUAAUAAUAAUAAUGACGCAAUGACAGGGAGUCAAAAAUGGGCUCUUGCCAAUUAUCUUAUAAAUUCAUAUGUGGUAUUUGCUACAUGGGAUCUUUCAGAAAUGAAGCACUUUAUUGAUAUUGUUGGUGAGAAUAUUAUUCGACUUGAAAAAGAUGAAAAGGGACCUGUUUUGUAUACAAAAGGUGAACGUAGUCAUGCAUUUACUCUGUUGCUUAGUGGAGGUAUUCGUGUAUUGCUGGCUGAUGGCGGCUUCUCAACUGAAAAGCGUAGUUUUUCCUCAUUUGGAGAACAGGCUCUUCUGCGUGAAGAGGGGUUUCUGCCGGAUUACACAGCUUUCAUUUCCCGCACAAGUCGGUAUAUUCGUUUUACCCUGGAAGACUUGCUGAAGUUUGAAAAGAAUAAUCGAAAACAAUCGAACAGCCAUAAUAGUACUAUCCGAGAGACAACGAAUACAACUACUGAAAAUAUAUGUGGAAUCAAAAUGCAAGAAAGUGAUCGCGUGGAAUGUGAUGAAAAUCCCUUGCCACCGAAAAAAAUAUGA